CUCUUUCAGUCUCACUAUCAAGGAGGGACAUGAAACCUGUCUGAUGGUUUACAUGGCACAACCUCAUGAUCUUUAAUGAUGCCUAGAUUUUCAUUUCAGCCUCUUUGUAACCAGCUCUACAAAAUGCUUCAUUUUUUCAUCCUAAUGGUUAACAUUUCAAAGUGCAGCUCAGAUAAUACAGCUGUUGUGGCUCAGAAUCAUCUGAAGAUUGUUCAAGCUGGAGACAGUGUUAACUUCACCUGUAUUUUUCCAAAAGAGCCAAGAACCAGUGCUGUUUGGGUCAAACAAAGAGUUGGAGAGAAACCCCUUUCAAUUGCUUCAUCAUAUCAAGGUUUACCUGACAAAUUUGAAAAUGACUUUGACCAACAUAAGCGCUUUUUUAUUGUAAAAGAUGAAAGCAGUUUUAAUUUGAGCAUCACAAACACAGAAGUAUCGGACACUGCGACAUACUAUUGCGUUAAACAUUUUUUUAAGUUUACAUUUGGAGACAGAACCGAUCUAAUUGUAAAAGAUGCACAACUGAACAUGCAGUCUGACCAUGAGAGAGCUGUGACAGAUCCAGUGCAUCCAGAAGACUCUGCAGUGGCGCUGCAGUGCACUGUCCUCACGCAGAGCUGUGCAGGAGAACACAACGUCUACUGGUUCAGACGUGAAUCUGAAGAAUCUCCUCCAGGAAUUAUAUUCACUCAGGAGCGCAGGAACGCUCAAUGUGAGAGGAGCUCUGAUGUGAACUCUACUGCGCACAAAUGUAUCUACAACCUGCCCAAGAGGAACCUCAGUCUCUCUGAUGCUGGGAUUUACUACUGCGCUGUGGCCGCAUGUGGAGAGAUACUGUUUGGGGAUGCAAGAAAAGUUGACUUACCAGACAAAUGCUUCCAGACACACUGGAUUACAGCUGCAUUGAUUAUAGCAACUUUAUCUGUGAUCGUGAUUAUCAUUAUGGGUGCACAUUUGUACAAGUACCAGCAAAAAGAUGAGAUGCAUAAUACUCAGCAUGGUCAGUUGAUGGCUGACGACACAGAUGCUUUGAAUUAUGCACCUUUGAGCCUUCAACAAAAGCCCUCAACCUCUAGAAGACCCAGAGAAAGAAAAUCACAAGACAAUUCAAUAUAUACACAUGUGAGACAUCAAUAAAUUUACUUGCAAUUGAAAAGUAUUCAGCGGUUUCUAUUUAGAAGCCCUAAAAUUUUAAAGUUAAAGUUGUCAGAAUCCAAGGCCACCAGAUUUAACAAGCUGUGAACUAUUUAGUGUGCGAGUACUUAAUUAAAUUCUACUCAAGAUAGCCUUAAUCAUUAUCAUUUAUUGAUGAAUUUAUAAAUCCAUAAAGUUGCAUCCAAUAAUGUAUUAAAAUUAAAAUCUGUUGAGGUUCAUUUAUUUUUAACUCAAAAUGCAAUUCAUAUACGUGUGUGUGUGUGUGUGUGUGUGUGUGUGUGUGUAUAUAUAUAUAUAUAUAUAUAUAUAUUUUUUUUUUUUUUCUUAGUGUACCUGUCAGUCCUGUAUCGUGUGUGGUGUGUUUCGCGCCCUCUUGUGCCCAUAUUUGGUUAUUUUCCUGUCCUUGUUUAGUUUGAUUAGUUAAUUCUGUUCCAGCUGUGUGUUGUUAAUUAUCUUGUGUAUAUAAGUUCCUGUCUGUUUAGUUAGUGUCGUCUGGUCUACUUGUUACGUUCCUUGAUGUCUCAGCCCUGCCUUGCCCUGUUGGAGUUCAUUAAAUACUUAUGACAGUACCACUUAGAUGUCAAACUGAAUUUUUAAUUAUUAGCCUAUAAUAGAAGUUAACACCUGUGAUAAAUUUCUUAAACCCAUGAAAACAGAGUACCAGUGUUUGUUUUUAUUGGAUGUUUAACCAUUACCUUAAUUUCUGUAUAUGUAUACAUAAAUAUACACACUCAUGUGGCAUAUAUUGGUACAUACAUUUCUGACUUAUAGUAACAGUCUAAAUUUUAGAAGCUGUUGUGUAAACGACACAUUAUAUUAUCAAAAUGUGCUGAAAUUGUGUUAAAUCACUGUCCAUGGUACUGAACUACGUUUCUUAAGUCAUACUGCUUUUGUAAUGUAAUAGCACGACUUCAUUAGAUAGUAAAUCUAUCUAGAAAUUGAUGACAUGCUUGUUCACAAAGAGAUGACUAAGCCCAUUAAUAAACUGUGCAUGUAUUUAAAGUGUGACAUACAUUUGCAAUUAAUAGAUUGUACUAAUAGCUCAUCUUGACCUUUGACCCAUGAAGAUCAUGAUUCAAAAUAUCCCCUUCUUUUUUUUUCAUUUCACACACUGUAGAUAACUAGUGCACAGCAAUUAUGUUUUAUAAUUGUCUAAUACCAUUUUCAGAAACUAUAUUGUAGCAGUCUUUUUACCUGCAAAUAUAAAAUAUGAGGACUGAGAUUACUGUUUACUCACAGGUAAUGGUUAAUGUGCAAUUAACUUCACAUAAAUAAUGUUUAGAAAAUGUAUGUUUUUGUUUGAUUGUUAUAUAUUGGACCAUAUCAUAUUCGAACUA